UCUAUCUUGUGCAAGUCGCAGCACAAGACACGGCCCAGACGCGACAGCACUCUUAAUAACAAUAUAACGGCCAUUAAAGAAGAAAGAAGGUUCUGUUAGGAGAAGUAUGGAUCGCUACGGUUCUAACGGCAGAGGACUCAUGGACGAAGUGGACAUCGCCCGCCAGCCCAACCAAAACAUCGCUGACGACGCUGUGGACGCCAAACCCGAUGGAAACGACAGCGGUAGGCGGAGUCAGGCGGAGUCGAUACCAACUUCCUCUAACGUUCUGCCAAACCCUGGUGUCUCCCGCGAAUCUGAGGAGUACUUCAUGGGCAACCGGGAGCGCGGUGUAGCCCUCAUCUUCAGCCACGAGGUAUUUGACGUUCGUCAGUAUGCAGAUGGGAACCACCGACCAAAAGAUAGGCUUGGCACAAAAGUCGACAGAGACGCUCUUCGUGAUAUGUUCAGAAGUCUUGGUUUCGAAGUACUCUGUUUCGACGAUCUAUGCCACUACCAAAUAAGGAAUGAGCUGAGACGGGUGGCCGAUCAGAAGCACAGCAACCGUGACUGCGUCGCAGUGGCGGUGCUCACGCACGGUGAGAGGAACGGCCAGCUGGACGCCAGGGACCGCGAGUACAACGUCAGCGAGCUGUGGGAACCGUUCACAGCCAGGCUGUGCCCCACUCUCGCCGGGAAACCCAAGCUCUUCUUCAUACAGGCGUGUAGGGGAACAGGUACCGAUGCCGGCGUGACGGUGAGCGACCUCACUACAGACGCGCCCGACAAUGGCCGCGCCGAGGAGCUCACUUACCCAGUGCCUUCUUACGCCGACAUCAUCGUUUCAUACUCGACAUUCGAAGGUCUAUACUCCUUCCGCAAUCCAAGAAACGGCUCGUGGUACGUUGAGACACUGUGUUCUCAACUUGAAGUCCACGGCAGAUCCAAGGACCUGGUGUCGCUGCUCACUGACGUGAAUCGCAUCGUCGGUCAGAGAUAUCGCUCAGAAAACAAGAGCCUGCCAAACCUGCAUGGCAAGGUGCAGGCGCCGUGCUUCACCUCAUCCUUGACACGGAGUCUAUGCUUCGGUCAUAAUGGCCAUGGCCACCCUCAAUGUUCCUCGCAUGAUGUCUGCCGCAAAAAACCUCAUUUCACCCAUAUUAAUGUAGAAAAUAGUUCCUAAGAGUUCCUAUCUUUCCACCAAAGCACCUGAAACCCCAGCUGCUGAAUGUAAUCUGCUGUACCGCCCAGAGUCAUGAUUCAUUUUGUCUUUAUUCAGUACUAUGGAU